AGCAUUUCUUGCAACACCUGUCGGAUUUUUAGGUGCUUCUGACUAUGUUUUAUGCACUAAUAAUUUCUCAGUGGCCAAGAUGCCGGUGGAAUUGAAAACGCGUCACAAUCUUAAUUUGUGCGAUUAUCAUCUCUGGCAAAUUUAUCGAUAUAAAGACCGGCGUGGUAUAAUAAAUCCAGAUUUUAGUAACCAGAAUCAAAGAUACAAUCCAAAUUUUAAAUUCAAGAAACGUAUCCUAUCGCAGAUAUUUGGUCAAAUGGCCUGUAAUGGCAUCCAUUAUGGCAUUUUAUCAAAUUAUAGCGAUACGUACUUUCUUAAACGGGAAGAAACAGAUCCAAACACCCUGUAUGUUUCUCGUGUUGUUCAACCCGCUGAUGUUAAUCCAACUUUACGCCAAUGCUUUUACUAUAUCAGCCAACUUGUCAAUAAUGAUAAUGUUGGCAAUAGAUUGGGACGUGUAGUGCUUGACAAUUUUUCAUCUGAUAAUGAUGAUGAUGAGGACGACUCUGAUGAUGAUGAUGAUGACGCUGAUGAUCCUAAUGACCCUGAUUAUGAUGACAAUGAUUCUUCUUCGGGGAAGAGGAAGAGAAAACAGAUUCCAUCAGCAAAGACUAGUAGUAAAAAAAGUAGAAAAACAAUUGCCAGUUCAUCCAAGGUAAUUGCUACUGUAGACGAAUAUAUAGGUGGCGGGUCUUUCGGAAAAAUUUUUUCUGGAUAUUAUGAUAAUCAAGCUGUGGCAUGGAAGACAUGUGACGCAUGUAAGCAGAAAGAGGAGAUGAAAACGCUAAUACAUGAAGCUCAAAUAUAUUCUAUUUUGAAAGAAUGUCAAGGUCGUGUUGUUCCAUGUUUGUUCUACAAAGGUUACAUCUAUGACGGAUAUCUUUUUGCAUUAGCGAUGCAAUUAAUUGAGGACUCCCGUCAUAUUGAUCCUACAAGACUCACAAAAGAAGAAAAAAGUUUCAUAGUCAAUCAACUCAGGGAAAUACAUAAAUUUGGCGUCUUGCACAAUGAUAUUGCUACAAGAAAUAUACUAUAUGAACCAAAAAGUCGCAAUUAUUUUUUUAUUGAUUUUGGUCUAAGUGUGAUCGUAGAUAAUGAAUCACCAAAAUUGGGCAAGGAAGAAAGGAGACUAAAAAAACUUUUACAACUUUAACCAUCUGAAUGUAUAGGACUAUACCGCAUUAUCGCACUAGAUGAAGAAUAAAUAAAUUUUUAUUAUUGCAAGCUACAAUGUAUAUGUAACUUUCAUUUUAAAUCAUAAAAUGUAAUAGUUUUACACCAAUUUUACCUUCUAAAAAAUUAAGAAAUUAUAAAUUUAAUAGAAAUCGGAAAAUAAUAAUUUGCUAUGAAUUUUUU